AUGUCUAGAUCUCGCUCCUCGCCCACCGCAGGGCCGUCUCGCUCUGCUUCACCCGCCUCUGAUGCCGCCCCUUCCUCUUUCCGCGUCGAGCGAUACGACUCCUCCACCAAUGUCAGCGAUCUCAUGGUCACCUCGCGCUCCAAACGCAGCACCGCGGGUAACCGCCUUAAGGCCCUACUCGACCAAGAGCUCGAAAAGGACGAAGUGUUUGCCGAAGUCGAAAAUGACAUCGAUUUCCAAGCGAACGAGAACGAAGACGGCGUCGACAUCGUCGAUAGCGAUUUCGACCGAGACUCGGACGACGAGGCGCGUGGUGGUGAGGAUGAGAGCGAAGGAGAGCGUGAGAUCGAAGCGCAGGAGAAGGCGGACAAGCAGAAGCGUCGAGCUGCGGCGCGCACGGUCGGGAUCGUUAAGCGUCCUGCUGCUCCUCCUCCGCUUCGUGCAGCGCGCCGUCCCGGGCCUCCUACCGCGAGUGUGGCGACGACCGAAGCCAAACGCAGACGCAUCAGCUUCGCGCCCGACCAGCCGUCCUCCUCUUCCUCACCCAGCACCGUCACCGACCAGGGGCGCCGCCGAACAUCAGCACGCUCAGCAACCGUGCAGUCCAAACUCGAAGUCUUGUCGCGCUUGGAAGAAGCCGAGCAGCGCAGAGCCGCGCAACCCGUCAAACACAUUGUCAAAAAGAAAGCGAGUCUGACCCAAGACGCGCUCAUUGCAGCAGCGCUCGAGGUGGAGGAGGAGAACAGGGAGAGUUUGCGGCGCUUCUUGGAGCAGGAGGAGGAGAGGAGGGCAAAGCAACGGCAACGGAAAGAGCGGAUCACGGGGCCGUUUGUUCGGUGGAUGAGCGUCGGGCUCAAGACCAAGGUUGUGGAAGAUGUGAAGAAUGUGACGGAAAAGGGGAAGGUUCAGAGUGGUGGAUCGGUGGUGGGGACAGUCGGGCCAGUUGACAAGAAGGAAGGAAUUCGGGGUGAGGAAUUGGUUCUUAAUAGUGUUGACGAGGUGCCAGUAGAGAGUUUGCGGACGGUUGCUCCGACAGAAGGCAGUUUGAAGGAGCAGCAGCACUCUGCGUCCUUGCCAAUCUCACUGCCGGAUGGUGAGCAGAUUGGCGAGGGGCUUAUCAAAGAGGCGAACGCGCCGGGGUUGGAGCAAGCAUUGACACCGCCGCCGCUGCAACCUGCUCAGCAAGAAGCGUCAGCGAACGUGCAAAGCAAAGCGACAUUCGCUGAAUCUCUUGACAAGAUUUCCAGCGACAACAUUGCGAUGGCAGACGCUACAGAGCAGACAGCUCAAGACGCUGGUCCAUCCGCGGAACCUCUUCCAAAAGAACCGGAGCACACAACCGGCAGCACAUCAACCCUGCCUGUGCAGCAGCCCAUCGAAGCCACAGCAGUUGAAGGCGCUCGGUCGACCUCUAAUGCCGCACCCACAACGCCUCGCACCGCCGCAGCACCAACGAGCGCCUCCCUCACGCUCGACCCCGUGAUCGCGGCACGUCAGCAAGCAGCGCUGCUCCGCUCCUCCGCCACCGCCUCCUCGACCACCCUUGCACCCAGCUCCUCGACGUCCUCCAGAUCGAAGUAUGAGCUGCAGGCGCGUACGCUGCUCUCCGUCGAACGCAUGCCCGAAGACUGGGAGUGGCUGGACGAGUUCAACGCGCUACUCGGCACGCACUGCACCUGGGACGCCUACCCGUUCGUCCCUUCGCGCAACCGCCCGCUCAAGCCGCGCCAGUCGAUCUGCCCCAUCACAGGUCUCCCGGCAAUCUACAAGGAUCCGCGCACGGGCAUUGCGUACGCCAAUGAGUACGCGUACAACGUGAUCACCAGGCUGCUAGAGGGCAGGUUCGUCUGGUCCGGUGGCCAUUAUGAGGACAGAGGAGGAGCAGGAGGAGGGAGGAGGGGGAAGGAGAAGGAGAAGGAGAGAGGCGGCAAGGUGGGCGUCGGUGCCGUUCCACCUGAGAUGGGCAUCUAUCUGGACGAUGAACGCGAACAGGGCCCGGGUAAGGUCUGGGACGCUGCGAGAGUAGCCGCCCCCACAACCAAACACUCAGCCGCUACCCACCCCACCGAAACCCCACCAGCACGCAAGAAAGCAUCACGCCUGACACCGUCGGCACCAACACCAUCAGCAUCACCAGCAGCCCCUGGAGUAUCAGCAGCAGCUUCAGCCGCAGCCGCAGCAGCAGCGGAAAAGAGAAAAUCCAAGCCCGGCUUCGACGUCGUCCUCACAAACGCCCUCGCUCCAGGCGACGAAAAAGCCGUCCUUGCCGCCGCACUCUCACUCCCUGCCGGCUCGACUAGAUCCGGUCGUCGUGUGCAACGUUCUUAG